AUAAAUUCCGUUCCCACGCGCACCAAGCCAACGGCACACGGCGCCGCCCGCCUAGCCAGCCACCCAUCCGUCCGUCCACAACGAGCGCCACGCCGCACGCCACGCCAUAGUUGUUACCGACGUGACGCUUCGAGACCGAUCGUGUCGAGCCGAGGGGAGGGGGAGGGCAUGGAUUUCCACCACCACCACCACCGCGUCCACGCGGCGGGGCCGCCAGCGCCGGCAGCGGGGCGGCCGUGGAGCAAGGCGGAGGACAAGGUGUUCGAGAGCGCGCUGGUGCUGUGCCCGGAGCACGCGCCCGACCGGUGGGCGCUCGUCGCGGCGCAGCUCCCCGGGCGCACGCCGCGGGAGGCCUGGGAGCACUACGAGGCGCUCGUCGCCGAUGUCGACCUCAUCGAGAGCGGCGCCGUCGACGUCCCCGGCUGCUGGGACGACGACGGCGAAGAAGGCGCUCCCGACCGCCGCGCUGGCACUGGCCGGGCCAGCCGCCAGGACAGGCGCCCAGGAAUACCCUGGACCGAGGAAGAGCACAGGCUGUUCCUUCAAGGGCUGGAGAAGUACGGGCGCGGGGACUGGCGGAACAUCUCGCGGUUCGCGGUGCGGACGAGGACGCCGACGCAGGUGGCCAGCCACGCGCAGAAGUACUUCAACCGGCAGUCCAACCCCGCCAGCCGCGACUCCAAGCGCAAGAGCAUCCACGACAUCACCACACCUUGACCUGGCCCGCCCGCCGACGGCGACGCACUCUGUCUCAGGAUAAAUGCAAGUAGGAGCACUAGUCCACGACGUGUACAUAAUGCUAGUCAUUUAGCACUACAUCUUAAAUUAGGGUAAAUCCUUAGGGCCGCCCAUGGAUCUCCGCAUUGCUGUGGACGCACAGCGACUCCUUGUGUUGGAGAAACAGAGGCAGAGUUCAAGCAGGCCGGCUGCUAGCACGUGGUUUAAACUUACUCGUAGCAUGAUUAGGAGUUGAAAUAUCUAACGGAGAUGAUGCGUCAAUGUCGUCUAGUUUACUAGUUUAGGUGGAUGCAGAUCGAUGCAGGUGUCACUGGUUUAUGCUGCUUUUAUAUGAUGGUGUCGAAGUUGGAGUGGAUAACUUGUACAGUCGUUGCCUGGUAAAGUUCAAAGAUAUAUGUGUCGAAUAUAUAACUCCAAGGUAUAUAUAUAUCCUGAUACACUUGGAUAUUUAGAAGGUA